GACUCCGGGACCCCCAAAGAAGGGGUCAUAUAAUAGCCCAACGUGAACUUCCGAGUUUAUUACUCUUUUCCGACGAGUUUGAAACGACGAGGAGGGUGUGAUAACACGGAGAAGAGAUGGCAGGAAAAGCCAAAGCACGAACAAUCAUCGUCCGCUUGAUUUCCACUGCUCAAACAGGUUUCUUCUACACCACGCUGCGCCCAAGGCAGGGUCCUAAGCUCGCUGCCGUCAAAUAUGAUCCUAAAGUUAAAGCUCGCGUACUCUUCGUAGAGAGCAAGAAGACGAAGAAGUAGUGAGCCUACGUUGAAUCUGAGUGGUGCUCAACCCCGCACUACGCACACUCUUGACAAUAUGCUAUCCGCCGCGCUCUAAUAGAUGUUCAAUAUAGGUGGCAUACGAACCCGACU